AAUUCUGGGCAAGAUGGCGGCUGUUGAAGUGAUUGUUCGGGGUUCGCGAGCUGCAGCUAGUAAACGACUUCUGUUUUCACCAAGAAGGCUUUUAAGUUCCUCAACAGGUGAUGACAAAGCUUCAAAAUUUCAGCCUCCAUCAAAACCUGUUAUCAUAGACAAAACACAGUCUGGAGCAACACAGAGAAGGUUUGUAAGUCCUGAAUUCAUAAUGCGGAGAGGGAGGACAAAUCCCCUGAAAUUCAGCAUAGAGAGAAAAGAUAUGAUUCAGAGACGGAAAGUAUUAAAUAUACCAGAAUUCUGUGUAGGAAGUAUCCUUGCUGUUAGUAUGGCAGACACAAAUGCUAAUAACAGAGUCAACAGAUUUGUUGGAAUCUGCAUCCAACGAUCAGGAAAAGGUUUAGGAGCUACCUUUGUCCUGAGAAACAUCAUAGAUGGUCAAGGUGUUGAGAUCUGCUAUGAUAUGUAUAGCCCUCGAAUACAGCAGAUUGAAGUGCUGAGGCUAGAAAAGAGACUUGAUGAUAACUUAAUGUACCUCCGUGAUGCUCUACCAGAAUACAGCACUUUCGAUUUUGACAUGAAACCUGUACCUAAACCUAUUAGUGCUGAGAUCCCUAUCAAUUUGCUGAAAGUAAAAAUGAAACCAAAACCAUGGUCAAAACGUUGGGAACGUCCACAAUUCAAGGUGCAGGGUAUACGAUUCGAUUUAUGCCUCACAGAAGAACAAAUGGAGGAAGCCAAAAAGCAUGAUAAACCUUGGCUUGAAUAUGAUAUGAUGAGAGAAUAUGACACAUCCACAAUUGAGAAAAAUAUGGAAUUGUAUUUACAGAAAAAUCUUAAUGAAUGAGAAGUAUCCCUAGGAAUCAAGCACAACCAGUAAGAUUGGUACUAACAUUUUUGGUUUUUGAGAACCAAAUAGAUUAUAUUGCCAUUUUUUUAAACUUCAACAUUUUUAUUUACGUAAAUGGGUUAGUGUAAGUGAUGCUCACAUAUAGAAAAAAUCCCUGCAGAAUUUGGCUUUGAGAGCAUUCGCUAGGAGCGAUCAAUGAACAGAACUAAUGUUGAACUCUGGCUCUUUGAUUCAUGUGGUGCUUUUCAAUGUUGAAACCAAAUCACUGAAAUAUGUAAUGUUUUUAAAAUGUAUUACAUUAUUACACUUUAAGUCACUUUGUCCUAGCUGUCAUCAAUCUCUCUGCAAUUGUAUAAAAUUGACUUGAAGGAAAAAGAUAUUUAAUUCAUCUAUGAACAAACUUCAGGAGUGAGCUUCAUUUUAAUUUGUUCACUUCUAAAUGAUGCACCUGGAGAUAAAGUUGAACAAAGUUAUGGUUACAGUACUGGGAUGAAUGUUCAAACUUGAACAUAUUCCACAAAUCUUGCAGUACAUCUUUGGAAAUCUCUAAGUAUUAAAAUGAUCUACAUUUGCAAUUA